AUGUGGCACAUUCUGAACUUAUCCCGCCACGUCUCCACCGUCAAAGAGCCUCUGAUCAAGCUGCGUAUAGCAGUCAUGGACGACGACCACUAUCCGCAUGAUGGCUACGAGCAGUUCGGCGCUCCCCGCCGCACGUCGCAGUACGACAUGCUUCGGCCUCAGUUCAAGCAGCCUGGAAGAUCAGUCGCACCUCGGGAUCGCUAUCGCGCCACUCAAUAUGACGACCCCCAGUAUGACGUGGUUGAGGACGAUAGCAUGUACGACCGAGGUCAGCAACUCGAUUCAUUCGGCCGCUUUGCCUACAAUGCCGCUCCGCUUCAAGAGUCUAGUUCCGACAUGCCGCUCGGCCCGUCUUCUAGUCCAGCACUCAGGGCAAGUCAGCGGCGUGCCGAGCAAGUCACUGAUUUCGGACCUCAACACGGCUCACAGGCCCCACCGUUCGAAGGCGACAGCCAUGUUGUUGCUGAAGAGUACCGACAACAACAUGAGCGCUCCCAUGGAAAGGCUACACUGCCCAUUUUUCGACCACAUGCUAGCCAGCAACGCACAUCCGCCGCACAGCACAGAGGCAACCUCAAUCCUCCGCAUCAUCGACAAGCUCCCCCGGAGCCGCAGACGUACCCAGAAGAUGUGUCUAGCGCUGCGCCCAUGUGCCAAGGUAUCCGCCUGGUCCCUGUCACUACUCUGCCCGAUCGUCUUCGAACGGUAUUUCCUUAUCCGACCUUCAACGCCGUACAGUCCAAGUGUUUCGACCAAGUUUUCAGGACCGACGACAACUUCGUCCUUGCAUCCCCUACUGGCAGUGGGAAGACCGUCAUUCUCGAGCUCGCUAUCUGUCGAGCUGUUACCACCAACGCGACCGGCCAGUACAAAGUGGUCUAUCAAGCGCCGACCAAGGCUUUGUGUGCAGAACGCCAACGUGACUGGGAAGCCAAGUUCAACAGGUUAGGCCUCAAAUGCGCCGAGCUGACCGGCGACAGCGACCUUGGGGAUCUACGCAACGUACAGAGCGCCAACAUCAUCAUAACGACACCCGAGAAGUGGGACAGCAUGACCAGGAAGUGGAAAGACCACGAGAAACUGAUGAGACUCAUCCGCGUCUUUCUUAUCGAUGAGGUGCAUAUACUCAAGGAAGAUCGUGGUGCUACGCUUGAGACGGUCGUUUCGCGGAUGAAGUCUAUUGGCACAGAUGUGCGCUUUGUGGCAUUAUCAGCUACAGUGCCCAACUUCCAUGACAUUGCGGCAUGGUUAGGAAAGAACUCGUCGGAACCAGACAUCCCAGCCGCCAAUGAGAAGUUUGGUGAAGAGUUCCGACCAGUCAAACUGCGCAAGCACGUUCGUGGCUUUGCGUACAACUCUAGCAACGAGUUCGGCUUUGAAAAAGUGCUCGAUGCUAAGAUCCCUGAGGCCAUUGCUUCUCACUCCCAGCGCAAGCCUCUCAUGGUCUUUUGCGCAACCCGAAACUCCACAGUCAGCACGGCAAAGCUGAUAGCAAACUGGUGGGUCUCAGCAUCAGACCGAGAUCGCAUGUGGAAGCCGCCGUCUAAGCCACCCCUGCUGCUGAACAAGGAGCUUCGAGAUACCGUGUCUUCCGGUGUAGCCUUUCAUCACGCCGGACUUGAUCUCGAUGAUCGAACCAAGAUCGAAAAAGGUUUUAUCGCUGGCGAGAUCAGUGUCAUCUGCUGCACAUCCACGCUCGCGGUCGGAGUCAACCUACCCUGCCAUCUCGUCAUCAUCAAGAAUACCAUGGCCUGGGGUGCGGAGGGAAUGCAGGAGUACUCGGACCUGGAGAUGAUGCAGAUGCUGGGUCGCGCGGGACGACCUCAGUACGAUGACUCAGCUGUAGCAGUGAUUAUGACCAGGCAGGCGAAAGUCCGACGGUACGAAAUGUUGGUCACAGGCCAGGAUCUUAUAGAGAGCAAACUCCAUCUCAAUCUGGUAGAUCACAUGAACGCCGAGAUUGGACUUGGAACUAUUAGCGACCUAGAGUCAGCUAGGAAGUGGCUAAGAGGUACAUUCCUUUACGUCCGACUUCAGCAGAAUCCCAGUUACUACAAAUUGGACGGCGCUCGAAGUGGUCAAAGCAUCGAGGAGCAAGUUGACGACAUAUGCUUCCGCGACAUCACACUGUUGCGCGAGACCAAUCUUGUGUCAGGGCAAGAGUACUUCCGAUGUACCGAGUUUGGCCAUGCCAUGGCACGGUACUACGUACAUUUCGAGACUAUGAAAGUCUUCAUGGAACUCGGGCUGCGGUCCACUCCAUCGGAGAUUCUCUCCGCCAUCGCUCAAGCUGUUGAGUACUCUACAAUACGCUUUCGUCAAGGUGAAAAGGCGUUCUACAAGCUGCUCAACAAGUCCGCUUCGAUCCGCUGGGCUAUCCCUGUCAACCUUGAUCUACCAUCGCAGAAGGUAUCUCUCAUCGUACAAUCCGUUCUUGGGUCUGCCGAUAUCUCCUGGGAAGGCGAGGCCGGCAAGCAUCGUUCUCAAUAUACGACAGAGACACAGAUUAUCUUCAAGAAUAUUGGCAGUCUAAUUCGAUGCAUCAUCGACUGCCAGAUCGCCUUAGGUGACUCCAUCAGUAUCCACAGUGCUCUUAUGCUCGAGAGAAGCUUAGGCGCCAGAAUCUGGGACGAUAGCCCUCUCCAAAUGAAGCAAAUUGGAAGCAUCGGCAACGUCGCUGUCAGGAAGCUCGUCAACGCCGGGCUGAAGUCCAUGGAGGAUCUUGAAGGUUGCGAGCCUUACCGGAUCGAAGCACUCGUGGGUCGAAAUCCCCCUUUUGGCCUCGACGUGCUCGAGAAAGUCCGAUCGUUUCCGAAGCUUCGCGUCUCACUAAAUGCUCAACCUUCAACCGUGAGUCUGCGAUCUUUCCUUGAAGUGCAUGUUCUAAUGGCUUUUCAGGCAAUCAAAACCCAUGACGGAGUCAAAAUCCAGAUUAAGGCAGACAUUGGCUUCAUCAACGAGCAGCCGCCCCAGCGCUUCAACAACAAACUCAUAUACGUGUGCCUUUUAGUGGACACUUCCAAUGGCCGCAAGGUGCAUUUUGCUCGCAUCAGUGGCCCAAAACUUGGGUCUGGCCAAAGCCUCACAUUCCCAGCGCUCUUGACAAACUCCGACCAGUCAAUCAACUGCUACGUCAUGUGUGAUGGCAUAGGCAUGUAUUGUGGCUCGAUUAUGAGAGCUAAGGCUGACUGUUACAAGCUGGCAGUAUGCGUGCCGCCGCCGUGA